AUGAAGAUCAGUAAAGAACUUGAUAUCAGACAUAUUGUAAAAGAAUUGAGAACUGUUAAGUUUAUCUAGAAAGUGCUACUAACAAAAUAUUAAAGAAUAAUGAUACCCUAUUUCAAAGGGAAUUUAUUAAAUGAGGUUGUUAGUUCUCAAGACAAUAGCCGUAAAAAUGUUAAAGAUGAUAAGUUGGCUGAUUUCUUAAAACAAGCUUUGAUGUCAACUCGCUAAAAUGUAUUUGAUAAAAGAUUAAUAAAGUCGAUCGAGCUAACCAAAUAAGAAUAAUAGCAACUUCAGGAAGUUUUUAAUAGUAAUGCCAUAGAUAUAAAAAGAACUAAGAAAAGCAAGAAAAUUCGCAGAAAAAAUAACUCUUAAAGUGAAUAAAAAGAAAUUAGAAAUUAAUACAAGGAUUCCGAAAACAAUAUCGAUCAAGAUGAGUUUGAUUCUGAAUAUAAAUCUCAUCGAGGAUAAAAGAAAAUAAUUUAAAAAGAUAGUUGUGCUACUGAGUAACACGAUAUAUGUAUUCCAAAUAUCAAACCAUUAUCAAACUCGGAUAAAAGGGCUUUUGAUUUAAGGAUUUAAAGCUAGCCAAAAUAUCUUUAGAAUAUCUGA